AUGAGUCAUAGAAAAUACGAAGCACCAAGACACGGUUCUCUUUCAUUUCUCCCAAGAAAGCGAGCAGAGAGAAUAAGGCCACGAAUCCCGUCCUAUCCACAGGAUGAUGCAACAGAAAAGGUACACCUUACAACGUACUUUGCAUACAAGGCAGGAAUGUCGCACGUGCUCCGGGUAGGCGAGAGAGAGGGAAGCAAGCUCAACAAGAGAGAGAUAAUCGACCCAGUCACGAUCAUGGAAACGCCAAAGUGCGUAGUUUUCGGUCUGGUUGGAUACAAGAAGACCCCACAGGGCCUGGAAAACGUCAAAACAGUGCUUGCAGAGCACAUUGACGAGUCGGUCAAGAGAAGGUACUACAAGAGGUACUACAGGUCUAAGAAGACUGCGCUUUCCAGCUACCCGCAGAAGUACAAGAACGGAAAGAUCGAGGAGGAGAUUAAGAUGAUCAGAGAAAACUGCGAUGUUAUCAGAGUGCUCAUCCACAGUCAGGCCCCAAAGAUCAAGAUUCUGAACACAAAGAAGGCCCACAUCAUGGAGUCCCAGCUUAACGGAGGAUCCACCCAGGAGAAGAUCGACUUUGCGCUCAACCACUUUGAAAAGGAAAUCUCCGUCCAGGACUGCUUCUCCCGUGAGGAAAUGAUCGACAUCAUUGGAGUCACAAAAGGAAAGGGUUUCAGAAGUUGCACCAAGAGAUGGGGAACCACAAUUCUGCCCAGAAAGACAAACAAGGGUAUCCGUAAGGUCGCCUGUAUUGGAGCAUGGCACCCCAGCAGAGUCAUGUACUCCGUGCCAAGAGCAGGUCAGACAGGAUUCCACCACAGAGUCAUGCAGAACAAGAGAAUAUACCUGCUCGGAGACGGAAAGGACACAGGCGUCUGCAAGACAGAGUUUGACCUCACAGAGAAGACUAUUAACCCCAUGGGAGGAUUCUGCGGUUACGGUAACGUAAACAACGAGUUUGUAAUGGUUAAGGGAUCCGUGGUCGGACCCAGAAAGAGAGUGCUUGUUCUCAGGAAGGUUGUUGGAAGAAAGUUCAAGGGCGCAAACGCCGAGAACAUCAACAUCAAGUUCAUAGACACGUCGUCUAAGAUCGGAAGCGGUAGGUUCCAGACUUCCGCCGAGAAGGAACAGUUCUUCGGAAAGCUUAAAUCCAAUAUUGCAGCUGAAGCGGAGAUGGACGAAUAA